CUCCCCGCAGGCCACGCCGCGGUGGUCGGGAUGGUGCCCGUGGGAGCGCUGCCAGGGACACCAAGAAGUUCUCUUCCAUUGACCCAGAUCAUUGAUCAAGCACGUCAGGAGGCAGAAGUUUACAAGGAUGUUGGAGUUGAUGGGCUGAUCCUAGAGAACAUGCACCAUGUGCCGUACACGGUGUGCCCGGGCCCGGAGGUCACCGCAGCCAUGGCAGUUGUCUGUGCUGCCCUGAGACAGAGCUGUCCCCGUGUCCCUCUGGGUGUCCAGGUGCUGUGUGCUGCCAACCAGCAGGCACUAGCCAUUGCUCUGGCUGCAGGUCUUGAUUUUAUCCGGGUUGAAGGGUUUGUGUUUUCUCAUGUUGCUGAUGAAGGAAUAAUAAUAAAUGCCUGUGCAGGUGACCUGCUACAAUACAGAAAACACAUUGGAGUAGACAGCAUUCAGAUCUUUGCUGAUAUUAAAAAGAAGCAUAGCACUCGCUCUCUAGAGCCAGGAGACCCGCAGCAAUCAGCGAUCAAUGAAGGAAAAGAGGUAAAGCAUGCUGUGAAGAUUCCUGUGCGUGGAGUGACUCUGGAGAAUGUGAGGAAUUACUUGGAUGCAGAUGCUCUAAGAAUUGGUUCGUAUUUCAAGAAAGAAGGAUAUUGGGCAAAUGCUGUUGAUCUUGACCGAGUCAAGAAAUUCAUGGAACACAUAAGUAAACUGAGGGAAUGAGUUUGUCAGCAAACACUGUUUGUUUGUGUUUGUUUGUAGAAAUGUUUGUUUGCAAUGUGGUGUGUCCUACAGAAUUAAAGCACGAAUGCGUGGCCAAAUGGAAAUAAUACCAAAUAAAAAUGCACAUCAUCUCCAUACCUGGCUGGGAAGCUUGAUGACAUAUGUCACAAUAACCUGGUGCUCUGAUGUUUGCCCCUAGGCAGCACAUUUCUGUGGUGCUCAAAGCUGCCAUCAAUGCAAAGCCAACUCCGAAGUCUUGUGUGAGAUAUUCUCUCCUGUAAGUUAAAUGCUUACGGAGUUUAAGAAUUUUUAGAAAAUGUUCAUCACAGGUGAGCUGAGUUCUGUUUCACCUUUAAGUACAAUAGGAUGUCCUAAGUUUACAGCUAAAAUGUUGUAAAUUGGACAAGUUAAUUAGCCUUCCAGUUUCCCCAUCUGUAAAAUGAUGAUAAUAGCACCUACAUCACACAGGGGCCAUAAGACAUAAUGAAUGAAAGAAUGUACAGCACUUUCAUCUCUCCAAAUGAAGGGCUCUUUUAAAGUUCAAGAUCAUUAUAUUUUCAUUAGAAUUAUGCAUUUAAACAAUUGCUACAUUUUUGUAAUACCACACAAAAAUUUAACAUAAUUUGGGUAUUGAUUUACUUACAAUACUUAUUAGAGAAUUAAUGUAAAUAUUUAAUUACAUUUUAAGUAGAUUUGGAAUGUAGUCAAAAUGCUUUUGCAAAACCUGGAAAUUUUAAUAAAGGUUUUAUUAUUUUUCAACAA